GCACAGAGGAUCCGAUGGAUUUUCCUUUUUACUGCCAGUAGUGUUUUUUAGUCUGUUAUAAGGAAGUAACACUCCAUUUCGUUUGUUCCCCUACAGGUCAUGGAAUGGGUGAUCAGAGAGAGACCCUACAAGCUGAGUGAGCUUGAUUACUCCUAUCUCCUAGAGUUCACAGCUAAAGUUCAUGGCAUUUCUGAAGCCGAGAGCCUCUUCCUCCGUAUACCUCAAGAAUUCCGGAAUGAGCUGCUCUACAAUAACCUUGUAAUGGCUUGUUUGGAGCAGGGCUUGAUUAAGCUUUCAUAUGGUUACAUGAGGAAGAUGAGGGAACUGUCCCUGCCAAUUUCACCGUACGUUUACAAUCGCUUGAUCAUCCUCCAUUCUUCUGAGGGGCGUAGGAAGACUAUCUCCAAAAUCCUCGCUCAGAUGAAAGCCAGUAGAGUGACCCCCCACACCUCAACCUACAACAUCUUGCUGAAAAUACAGGCCAAUGAUCACAAUAUUGAUGGAGUGGCGAGGGUGUUCAGUGAUAUGAAAAGAGCAAAGAUUGAGCCAAAUGAGAUCACUUAUGGCAUUCUAGCAAUUUCACAUGCUGUAGCAAGGCUAUAUACUGUUUCCCAGACAUACAUAGAAGCCAUCAAGAAUUCUAUGACAGGUACUAACUGGUCUACACAGGAAAUUCUUCUUAUCUUGUAUGGGUACCUUGGAAAGGAACAUGAGCUAAAGAUGACGUGGAACCUCAUGCAAUGCCUUCCUCAUAUUCGAUCCAAAAGCUUUACACUAGCAAUUGAAGCAUUUGGAAAGGUUGGCUGUGUUGAGCAGGCAGAAGAGAUUUGGCGAGAGAUCAAAUCAACAAGGAAGCUAAAGCUUACAGAACAGUUCAAUUCCAUGUUAUCAGUUUACUGCAGGCAUGGCCUUGUGGAUAAAGCAGCGGCCGUGUUCAAAGAAAUGAGAGCAAGUGGUUGUCAACCAAAUGCUAUUACGUAUCGUCACUUGGCAUUGGGUUGCUUGAAAGCAGGUUUUGUGAAACAAGCUGUGAACACAAUGGAUAUGGGAAAAAAGGAAGUUGUCACAAGGAAGGUGAAAAGUUCAACACCAUGGUUGGAGACCACUCAUUUAUUGCUUGAAAAUUUUGCAGAGAUUGGUGACUUAGAAAAUGCGAAGAAAGUUUUUGCAGAACUGAAUGAAUCAAAGUACUGUAGAAAUUCCUUUGUGUAUAAUACCCUUCUAAAAGCUUAUGUUAAAGCAAAAGUUUAUGAGCCAGAUUUUGUAAAGACGAUGAUUUUGAGAGGUGCAAUGCCUGACGCCGAGACACAUAGCCUUCUGAGACUGAUUGAACAGUACAAGACAUGAUACUGUCCAUACAGUAACCACUAACCAACUGCCGGGGCUUUGAAGGAUUAGGAUGAAAAGGAAACAUCAGUGCUAAGUUGAGCCAUUUCUUCUGCACACGAUGCAUUCAAUCGUCCUUUGACUGUGGGAGUGGUACAUGAACAUGUGCACAAUCCAAUUGAUGAAUGCACCUUCUUUUGGUAUCCAAGCAGGUUGCCCAAAACUUGCAUGGUCAAAAUAUCGAAACUGGUGUUUCCUUUGUGUAUGAGUUGCAUAAAACAAUCAGUUAGGUCAGCGAGUCUUUGAUAGAAUGUAUAGUUUUUUUAUUGCCAUUUUGAUUUUGUUUCUGAAACAUUGCAGGAGAUCUGCAUUUCACUUAAAACUAGACUAGAAGGGUCCAAGGGAAAUUACACCA